AGGCGCGGAGGGAAGAUGGCGGCGCGCGGGCGGGCGGCGAGGCUCCUGCGCCGCUACCGGGGCCCCGCACUGGCCGCGCUCGCCAUCCUGGCCCUGCAGGCCCUGGCCGUGUGGCGCUUCAGCAGCCUGGAGCAGGCCCAGAACGGGAGGCCUAAAAGGACCAAGUUACCAGACAGUAAUGAUGUUGAUAGCUCAGACAGUCGUCACCUGGGGACCAUUCGGCAGCAGGGCAGGUGGAAGUUGGCCAUUCGGAGGACAGGUAGCACGGCCAGCGUGCUGAGGACCAGCCUAGUGUGGCGCAAACCCACGGCCCAGCGCCCGGGCCCUCCACGGGUCCGUGCAGGUGACUCUGUCCAGCACGAGCCAUCCAUCAGCAAAAACAUCAGCGACCCCAAGGGGGAAUCGAAGAACAGCGACACAGGGAGCGUGGGCGGAGCGCCACAGCCAACCAGCCCUGACUUCACUCCAAAGUGCGAGGUUGUGGGGAAGGAUGCCCUGUCUGCACUGGCGAGAGCCAGCACACAGCGCUGCCAGCAGGAGAUCGCCAACGUGGUGUGUUUACACCAGGCGGGAAAACUGAUGCCACAGUCAGUGCCUCGUCACUGUCACUUGUCAGGAAAGUCAAAUGCCAAUAUUCAAUGGGAAGACAGUGUUGUGGAUCUUGCAUUAAUCCAGAAGCCGGUUAAAAUUGUUUAUGUCCUCGUCAUUCAUGGCAGAGCAGUCAGGCAGCUGAAGAGACUGAUCAAAGCCAUCUAUCAUCGGGAUCAUUUCUACUACAUACACGUGGACAAGCGUUCCAAUUACCUGCACAGAGAGACACUACAGCUGGCACAGCACUACCCAAACAUCCGUGUGACGCCCUGGCGCAUGGUGACAAUCUGGGGAGGGGCAAGUCUGCUGAAGAUGUACCUGCGCUGCAUGAAAGAUCUGCUGGAAAUGACAGAAUGGCAAUGGGACUAUUUCAUCAACCUGAGCGCAACAGACUACCCCACCAGGACAAAUGCUGAGCUGGUGGCAUUCCUGUCCAAAUACAGAGAGAAGAACUAUCUGAAAUCUCACGGGCGGGACAAUGCCAGAUUCAUCAAAAAGCAGGGCUUGGACCGACUGUUCCAUGAAUGUGACGACCACAUGUGGCGGCUGGGAGACCGGCAGAUCCCAGAAGGCAUUGUGGUGGAUGGCGGCUCUGACUGGUUUGCUCUGACACACAAACUCGUUGAGUAUGUGAUGAACACACAGGACGAACUAGUCAUUAAACUCAAACACUUCUACUGGUACACACUGCUUCCAGCCGAGUCCUUCUUCCACACAGUGUUGGAGAACAGCCACAUGUGUGAAACGUUGGUGGACAACAAUCUGAGAGUCACUAACUGGAACAGAAAGCUGGGUUGCAAGUGCCAAUAUAAGCACAUUGUGGAUUGGUGCGGCUGUUCACCUAAUGACUUCAAGCCUCAGGACUUCAUUAGACUGCAGCAAAUCACCAGACCUACAUUUUUUGCAAGGAAAUUUGAACCCACUGUCAACCAGGAAGUGAUCGAUAUCUUGGAUUCUCACCUGUAUGGCAGUUUGCCCCCGGGCACCAACGCACUGAAAGCGUACUGGGAGAACGUCUUUGAUAGCGUGGACGGGCUGAGUGGGCUCACUGACAUCGCCCUGACCCUCUUCACAUCCUUCUUCAGGCUCGGACUAAAGAAGAUCCAAUCGUCACGGCAGUCAGGGGUGGAGGGGCACUGCAGGUACAAACCCGUGGGAUAUCCCCUCUCUGUCCAUCUCUAUUUCUAUGAUGACCGAUUCCAAGGCUAUUUGGUGAUGCAGCAGGCGGACAGUCUGACCUCAGGCCAGACAGAGACGCUGGAGACCUGGGUGGUACCUCGAUCGCCGAUGCACUUGUCAGACCCCGGCACGGAGCCCGACCGGCUACAGGCUGUGGAGGUGGGGACUGAGUGGGACCCGAAGGAACGCUUAUUCCGCAACUUUGGGGGCCUGAUUGGACCAUUGGAUGACCCCGUGGCAAUGCAGAGGUGGGCCAAGGGCCCGAACAUGACAGCCACCGUGGUGUGGAUUGACCCCACGUACAUCAUAGCAACGUCGUAUGACAUUGUGGUCGACACAGAGACGGAAUACACCCAUUACAAACCCCCACUCAACCACCCGCUCCGCCCGGGGGCCUGGACCGUCAGAGUGUUACACCUCUGGGAGCCACUGGCGGAAACUAAAUUCCUUGUGGCACCCCUGACUUUCAGUAGGAAAGAGCCAUUCAAAAAAGAGGAAGACCAGUGGCUGCACGCAGGGCCCCCGGGGAACGAGUACAUGGAUCAGAGCUUCCAGCGGCUCCGAGGUAUCCUGAAGCUGCCGGCGGCAGGUACGGCUGAGAAGGUGGCUCUCCAGAACCUACAGUUGGUGGGCAAGCAGCUGGACGCUUGGUUGGACGAGAGCGUUGGCAGGUUUUGGUCAGUGUCGGACUCGUGCUCAGCACAGCCCUCACCCUGUCAGUCACUGCCCAGCUGCCAAAAGACUACCUGGGGCUCUCUGUCCCCUGACCCCAAAUCCGAGCUGGGACCAGUCAAAGCGGACGGACGCCUGAGGUAGCACACAAGACGCUGCAGGAAUCCAGCACAAAGAACCCGAAUCUGGAGAGAUCUGUCAGAGCUUCGUACAGGUUUGCACAGGGAUCACAAAGGAGAGAGAGAGCCUGCGAUGUGUUCAUCACUACAUUUCCAAGGACACAAGGCUUUGUGUGUGUGUGUGUGUGUGUGCGUGCGUGUGCUGGGUCUCUGAGCUGUCACAGUUCAGGGCUGGUGUCUGGGCUGUCACAGUGCAAGGACAGUGGUUUCCCGAGGAGUUGUUGAUUUGCCUGCGGGGCGGCUCUGGAAAGCAGCGGCCUGUUGUCGAGUCAUGGGAAGGGAAGCUGGGAACCAACAACAGUUCGUUCUCAAUCAGUAGGAGAGCUUCUCGAGGUCGGCUUCUCAUCAUUUGUAGUUGAGCUAACAGGAAAGUCUCGGCUUUGGUGGAACAAAUGUAUCAAACACACUUAUGGGAAGAAAUCCUUUAACAUUGAAAGUUAAACAGGCGGUGCUGCUGCCUGCCCUCACCCCACCCGCCCGC